AGGCGACAUGGGACUACCUGGACCACGUGGACUUGAUGGCCUAAAGGGUAUCCGUGGGCUUAUCGGGUCGCCAGGGGAAGUUGGUCCACAGGGAGAGAAGGGAAGUACCGGUCCAGCAGGUCCAAGGGGGCGAACAGGCAUGUCUGGAUUGCCUGGCACCCUUGGGUUCAAGGGUUUGAAAGGCUACCAAGGAUUGCCUGGUCUGCCAGGCAGAAGAGGCCUUCCAGGUCCACCUGGUGUUCCUGGACCGCCAGGACCAUCUCUAAACAUGACAUUGACAGAGCUCAAGGAAAUCAUGUAUGUGUCCGAUAAGCCCAACCUCCAUUUGAUCCAGACUCUUCUGGAUUCUCUAGAGCAGGAGUUCCGACGCCUGGUGGAUCCUCCUGAUGGCACCAAAGAGCAUCCUGCCACCACAUGUCUAGAACUUUGGCUCUGCCACCCGGAAUACAGCAGUGGAACGUAUUACAUCGACCCAAACCAAGGGAGUCCUGGCGACGCCCUGCUGGCGUAUUGCAUCUUCUCCAGCACAUCCAUACAGACAUGCCUUCAUCCUCAAGAUUCUCAGCUGCCCACAAAGGCCUGGAUGGAGGAUUCUUUUGCUAACAAGUCCUUCCAGUGGCUCAGCAGACUGGACCAAGGCUUUCAUUUCAUUUAUCCAGGUGCCGAUGUGGUCCAGAUACGCUUUCUUAGGUUGCACAGUAGCACAGCCAGGCAGAAGAUGACCUACUCCUGCCACCCAGGACACAUAUUGGGUCAGUCGGAAAGGGACAUCAAAUUCCUCACUGACACAAGAACGCAAAGUUUCCUCGGAGUGCUUCAAGACUGUGUGCCUGCAGAACAGACGGCUUCCGGACCCCAAGAGUCGGUGUUUGAGUUUGAGGACCUCCACCUGCUUCCUGUGAGAGAUGUGGCCCCGAUGGGAGGUGGCAACUUUUCCCAUCACUUUGGCUUCAGCGUCGGGCCUGUUUGUUUCACUUAGAAUAGUUUGACGCCCAAUGCCAUCCCAGAAAAAGAUCAGGUCCCCCGGAUGCAAACACAAGACCACAAGACAAAUGCUUUGUCUCCCAGAGAGCCCGCAUUGUUUACAGACACUUUAAAACUGUACUGAAUAAUUUAAAAUGUCUUCUUUUUAAGUUUUCAUGCAUUGUUUUUCUUUUUUGUUUGACAUCAUGUAUAUAAGGUUUGUAUUACUGCCAGCCUGUUGUGUUUACGCUACUCAUACAAAGUUAGGCUUUUGGGUGAAAUCUCAGAAUUACCCUAAAAUGCACGUUUACAGGUGAGAAUUUGUAUUUUGUUUUUUAAGCUAAGCUACGCUAAGCUAAGCAUGCAAGGACGUGGUGGCGGCAUCUCACACUCACAACGAAAAGGAACACAAACAGCAAAAAGUAGCAAAAUAAAAAUGAGAUUAAAAAAAAAGAGCAGACAAAAAGGGUCACUACCCUGUGAUUGGUUGGUGACCAGUACAGAGUGGGACAGCUGGGGUUGGCUCCAGCAUACCCUGCGACCCGAGUAAGGAUAAUAAACUAUAAAUAAUAAUAAUAAUAAUAAUAAUAAUAAUAAUAAUAAUAAUAAUAAUAAUAAUAAUAAUAAUAAUAAACUUGUAAUAUGAUGAAAAACAAUGUCAUUUUAGUCACAUAAAGGAGAAAUAUUAAUUACAAAUUUUAAGUUGUAAUAAUAGAAACAACAAUUAAAAUGUCUGAAAAAUUAGGUUGCCUUAAUAUUAUAGAAUAAAGUCAAAAUAAUAUGGGAAUUAAGUCAUAAGAUUAGAAGAAUACAAUUUACAAAAAGUUGAAAUAUUUGGAAAAUGUAAAAAAAAACUGCAGAAAUGGGAAAAAAAAAAACCAACAAAUUUGACGAGGAUAAAGUCAAAACAUUAAGAGAAAAAAAGUCAUAUUCUAAUCACAAAAUGUUGCAAGUAAAAGAGAAUAAACCCGUAAUAUUGUAAUGGAAAAAAAUCAUUUUCAUAUUUUGUUUAAGUUGUAAUAUGAGACACAGAACCAAAUAAAGUUGUAAUUUCUGGAAAAUUAUGUUGGGGGGGUGAAUUAGGGGAAUGAAGUCACCCUACCUUUUUGCAUGUGGUGUAUACUGUAAAUAUAUAGCUCACAUGUUACACCCUUCAUGGGCGAGCCAUCCGCCGAAAACCACCAGGACAGGAACUCUUGUUAUUUUCCAAGGUGCUAAAACUUCCACAUAUAUUUAGUCCAUUCAAAACUUUACAUGGAGUAGUUUCAUUUUAGGAAUACAUGGUGUUUUUUGUCAUCAUUCAAACUGUAUAACUGUACUGUAUGUUCUUUAUGUCUCAGGUAUGGUAUUUAGAUUCUCCCAUCUGUUUAAUGACUUAUGUUACAAGACAAAUUAAAUUCAGGCUGACAAUGUCCAAGACCAAAACCAGCCGACCAUCUUGACUUUUAUUUCCCCUUACUCCAGGGGUGUAAGGGCACAUUC